AUGUCUUUCUUCUCAGAACAUCUGCUGCUGAUUGUUUAUUUCAUUUUGUCAAAUCAUAAUUUUGUGAAUGGCGGCCGAACCGAGUGGACAAUUGAAAAAACUGCUUCGUUUUGGAAAGAGCACGGACGCUUAUCCAUUGAAGAAGCACUCAAAAGACGUGAAAAUACAAAGAUCGCAAAAAAUGUAAUUCUGUUUCUUGGUGAUGGCAUGGGUAUGUCAACUGUGACUGCAGGAAGAAUCCGAAAAGGACAACUUAGAGGAGAAUUGGGAGAAGAUUUUAUUACUGAAAUGGAACAAUUCGCACAUUUAGGUUUAGCUAAAACAUACAACAUUGAUCAUCAAACACCUGAUUCAGCAGCUACAGCAACAGCUUAUUUAUGUGGUAUUAAAGCACAAUUGGGAACACUUGGCUUAGAUGGACGAGCAAAACGUGCUAAUUGUUCAAGUUCACAUGGUACACAUAUUACAAGUAUUUUAAAUUGGGCUCAACAACUCGGUAACAAAGUUGGUAUUGUGACGACAGCUCGUAUUACUCAUGCAACACCAGCUGCUGCUUACGCUCAUGCACCUGAACGUAACUGGGAAGGGUAUGAUACGCAAUUUUUUGGUGAUAAUGAAGUUAGGCAAGGCUGUCUUGAUAUUGCACAUCAACUUGUCUUACAUUCUCCACCGAUUGAUAUUGUUUUUGGAGGUGGUCGUCGAUUUUUUUUCCCAAGUACAACACGUGAUGUUGAAAAUUCAACAUUAUUUAAUUCACGUGCAGAUAAUAAAUCACUUAUUGAUGAAUAUUGGCGUGGACGUUUCAUUUGGAAUAAAACUGAAAUGAAUAAGAUCGAUUUAGGUUCAUCAACGCCAAUAUUAGGAUUAUUUGAUCGGGACCAUUUACAGUAUGAAUCAGAUCGAAUUGAAAAAGGAAAAGAUGAACCAAGUCUAUCAGAAAUGACAACAUUUGCUAUUGAACAUUUUUCUAAAACAAAUCAAGGUUUUUUUCUCCUUAUUGAAGGUGGAAAAAUUGAUCAUGGACAUCAUGAAACACGACCAAGAUAUGCCUUAGAUGAAUUUGUUGAAUUCGAUACGACAAUUGGAAAAGCUAUACAAUUAUUAAAAGAAAAAGGCAUUUUUAAUGAUACACUACUUGUUGUCACUGCUGAUCAUUCACAUGUGUUUACUUUUGGUGCUUAUUCAUCACGUGGUUCAAAUAUUUUAGGUUUAAGUUCGUUAGAACGAUACAAUGUAAGUGAUAUUGAUAAAUUACCUAUUAAUAUAAUUGCUUAUGGAAAUGGACCAAAUUUUCAAGCACCAAGAAAUGCAACGUACCUCUAUUCUCUUGAUACUAAUUCAACUAGAUAUUUAGCUCCAACAGCUUUACCCAUGAAAUCUGAAACGCAUGGUGGCGAAGAUGUACCUGUGUAUGCUCACGGACCUUGGAGUCAUUUAUUUAUUGGAACCAUGGAGCAAAGUACGAUUGCACAUAAAAUGGCAUAUGCUGCAUGUUGGGGAGAUUAUAUAAAUAGAGAUGGUUGUCCAUCGAAAACUGCGACACCAUCAAUAUCAAAUGUGAUAUGUUCAAAGAGCUCAUUUAUAUUAACUGAAAUUCUUAUUUUAUUUUUUUAUUAUAUCUACUUUUGUGCCCAUGUAAUCAAAUGA